ACAAAAAUAAAGAUGGGCUUCUUAUUUAUUGAGAGUUCCAAAUCUCACUCCAUCAAAUAUUUUUUUUUCCUUUUUUAUUAUCGUCUCAUUCAAUUCUCUCUUAUCACCAAACACAACUUACUUUAUCGCUCUCUCUCUCUUUGACUUAGUGUAUAUAUAUAUAUACAUAUAAGGUAAUUGGAAUUGAGGGAGAAACCAUAUCAUAUAUUUCUGAGUGUUGGUUGGCAAGUGUUUGGGAGAAAAGAAAAAAAUUGAUAAAUUUUCUUGGUGAGAAAGAUGGAAUGGACAUUGGGAUAUUGGGUUGUGUUGGUGAUGAGUAGUAGUAGUUGUGGGUGGUGUUUGUAUAAGGUGAUAAAAUGGAUUGUUGAAGGGAAGGAGAAGAAGAUUGGGGUUCCAAGAGGAAGCUCAGGCUGGCCUUUUAUAGGGGAAACUCUGCACUUCAUUGCGUCUGGUUACUCCUCUAGACCUGUCACCUUCAUGGACAAACGCAAGAAUCUGUAUGGGAGGGUGUUCAAAACACACAUAUUGGGAAGACAUUUGAUAGUGUCCACAGACCAAGACGUGAACAAGGUGGUUUUACAGAACCAUGGGAACGUUUUCAUACCAUAUUAUCCCAAAUCAAUCACUGAACUACUUGGAAAAUCUUCAAUACUGCAAAUGAAUGGAGCUCUACAGAAGAGACUUCAUGCCCUUAUUGGAGGCUUCCUCAGAUCUCCACAACUCAAAGCUCGUAUAACAAAAGAUAUUGAAAACUCUUUCAAACUCUCCUUGUCCACUUGGAAACACAAACACCUUGUUUUCAUCCAAGAAGAAACCAAACAGAUUACGUUUGAAAUUCUCGUCAAAGUGUUGAUGAGCAUUGAUCCUGGUGAAGAUUUAAACUUUUUGAAGAGAGAAUUUGGGGAAUUCAUAAAAGGGUUGAUUUGUUUACCCAUCAAAUUUCCGGGGACAACAUUAUAUAAAUGUUUGAAGGCAAAGGAAAGGUUGUUGAAAAUGGUGCAAAGGAUAGUUGAGGAGAGAAAAAUGGCAAUGGAGAAAACAGAAGAGAAGGGUAAUUUAGUAAAAGAUGCAAUAGACCUGCUGUUGCGCGACACAGGCGAAUCAAAUGAGACGCAGCAACGUCUGCCGUUGGAUUUCAUCAGCGGGAAUAUCGUAGAGAUGAUGAUCCCGGGGGAGGACACCGUGCCCAUGGUGAUGACCGUAGCUGUCAAAUUCCUCAGUGACAACCCCGUCGUUUUAACGCGUGUAGUGGAGGAGAACAUGGAAUUGAAGAAGCUCAAAGCCCUUUCUGGCGAUGAGUAUGCUUGGACUGACUAUGUGUCCUUGCAAUUUACUCAAAAUGUGAUCAGUGAAACUCUUAGAAUGGCAAACAUCAUCAAUGCAGUUUGGAGGAAAGCUCUGAAGGAUGUAGAAAUCAAAGGUUAUUUGAUACCAAAAGGAUGGUGUGUCUUGGCAUCCUUCAGUUCUGUUCAUAUGGAUGAAGAAAAUUAUGAAAACCCAUACAAAUUUGAUCCAUGGAGAUGGGAGAAAACAGGGGCUGCUGUCAACAGCAAUAUCUUCACACCAUUUGGUGGUGGACAAAGGUUGUGUCCUGGAUUAGAACUCUCAAGGCUCGAAAUCUCAAUCUUCCUCCAUCAUCUUGUUACCACAUACAGAUGGGAGGCUGAGGCGGAUGAGAUUCUCAAUUUUCCAACAGUCAAGAUGAGGAAGAAGAUGCCCAUUACCGUCAUGCCUAUAGACCAUUGAGCUUCAUAUGUGAUAAGAGUAAUGAUAUUUAGACCUAUUUGUGUAUGGCUAUACAAAUAGCAAAUAGGUUACGAAAAUCGGCCAAAGAAUCAUUUUCCUGUAUGAUAUCAUGACCACUCAGUCAGGGCCCUCGUGAGAGUUGGUUCCUGUCUUGGACCGCCUCAUCGGGCCCUCUCCAGGGUCGUUUUCGGACUGACUGAAUGCAAGUAGGGUAGAUGGACUGAACAAACUUAUCUAAGUCACAAUCUAUUAUAAAGUUUAUGGUUUUUUUUUUAUAAGAA